AAAACAAACAUCCCGCUUGAAAUGAUAAGAAAAAAGAAACCAAAAAAAAUAACUCAUCAUUAGAUAAUGAAAACCCCAUUACAAUCCCACCACCACCACCACCACCACCAUCAUCAUCAUCAUCAUCAUCACAAAUCCGCCAUUAAAAUACCUUCAAAACCAUAUUCAAUUCAUCUCUUUGAAUCCACGAUUCCUUCAAUUCCCUUUCACAUUCACACAAUUUCAUUAAUCCUUCAAACUCCACCUCAUUAAUUCCCCACAAUUUAUCCAAAACCCCCAAAUUCAAGAAUCACCAAAUUCAUCUUUUAAUUCAAUCCAAUUCGACCCAAGUUUCAAACUUUCAUACAAUUCAAUUGUUUUUCGAAAUGACCCAUGAAAAUAAUGGUCCAAUUACGCACAUAAAGGUUGGAUUUGACGAUGAUUCUAAGCCUGAUUACGUCAUCAUUACGUCACCCGAUGGAAAUGGCGGUAACGGUGGCGGUGGUUUGAUUCCGGUGGACGGUGCUGCUGCUGCUGGUGAAAUUAUCAGUAUAUGGUGGUCGUUUUGGUGGUGGGGGAAGUUUGUUUUCUUGAUUGUGUUUUUGGCGUUUUUAGCGUUUUGUUUCUUUGUUUGGAUUGGACCCUAUGUGAUGGAAAAGGAGGUUAUACCUAUCUUAAACUGGGAGACUGAGACAUUCAGCAAGCCGGUGUUAGCACUUAUAAUAUUUGCUUCUGUUGCGUUAUUCCCUACUAUAUUCAUACCAUCAACACCCUCAAUGUGGGUUGCAGGAAUGAGUUUUGGCUAUGGUUUGGGAUUUCUGUUGAUCAUGAGUGGUGUUAGUAUUGGUGUAUCACUUCCUUAUUUCCUUGGUUCCCUAUAUUAUCGUAAGAUUCAAGGGUGGCUAGAAAGAUAUCCAAAGAAAGCAUCAAUUAUAAGAUUAGCAGGUGAAGGAGAUUCGUAUGAUCAGUUCAGAGCUGUCACGCUAUUAAGGAUAUCACCGUUUCCAUAUGCAGUGUAUAAUUACUGUGCGGUGGCGACUGAUGUUAAGUUUGUGCCAUACUUGUUUGGAACAUUGGUCGGAAUGGUGCCAGAAGUUCUUGUUGCAAUUUAUACGGGUAUAAUGAUUCGAACCUUGGCAGAUGCUUCAAAAGAACAGAGAACACUUGCACCGCUUCAGAUCGUAUUCACUGCUUGUGGGUUUGUUUUAACGAUUGUUACCACCAUAAUAGUUACAGUUUAUGCUAAAAAGCGGCUCAGUGAGUUGCAGGAUCAAGAAGAGCAGAUGCUAUUGUUAGAGUAACAUGACGGUUUGAUUCCAUGGAACUUUGAUGGAGUAGAGAUCUUUUGUAACCGUUUUUCCAUGGCAAACUCACACAACUACUAACCAAAACAAAGUUUGUACAACAGUAAUUGGCAAUCUUUGUUUUUCUUUUAUUUCUUGUAAACGUUUCUCCCUUGUAUAUAAUAGGUUUUGAGUUCAUCAAA